UCUCUCUCUCUCUCUCUCUCUCUCUUCUCUUUCUCUCCGUCGCUCUCUCUUUCCUCUUUCUCUUUUUCUCUUUUGGCCUCAGUCAUAACAUUAUUAUCCUUCGUCCUUGCAAGGAGAGAAACUAGCCGGUUUAGCACUCGGCUUCGAUCGCAAUGGGUAAAUCCGACAAGUACUACUACCAAUCCCGACCUUUGGAGGACAAUGAUGACCUUGAUGUUGAUCCAAAUGAUCUGAUUUACUCAUUGGAGAUUGUGCAACAGCCCAUCCGCGCUAGAAUGUGUGGAUUUGGUGACAAGGAUCGACGGAAUGUAACACCAGCCCCUGUUUUAAAAUUGGUGGCCAAAACACCAGAUGGGAAGAUCGUCUCUGGAAGUCACCUGAGUAAGCAGACAUUCGUAGUAACAGCAGAUCUAUGGCUGGAAGAUGAAGUUACAGAUCGUAACUUGGUCCUUAUAUCGUCCAUACCGUCGUCGAGAACAGCUGCCUAUUCACAACAAUAUGCACAACAAGUUGUAGAUCACCUUGACAUCCAUCAAAACGUGCCGUCGUCCGAAGUGAGGGAUACAGCUUCCGGACCUAGUGCAUCCAGUUCGGCAGGCGUAGCUACUGCAGCAGCGUCUUCCUCUAAUACUUCUCGCAUGAGUAUCCGCAACGUAAUCCAUGAUGAUGAUCCCUCGAUGCCUUCGAUAUCCUUCCCCUCUUCCCGCGCGACCCUAGGACAGGGCGCCAGUACUGUCUCCAAAAGGCCCGCUGACCCAUCAGACGAUGAAGAUAACGGUACGGAGGAUGCUGGUGACAGCAUAGAGGAUGAGGAGGAUGAAUAUCGAGAUAACGAUAUGUACGUGGAACAAGAUUUAAAGCAGCUGGAGGAGCUUGAAAAUAUGGAACGUGAGUCCUCAGGCUUGGGCUCUAGUUUAGUAAUGAGAAGAGAGCUAUCGACUCGUAACCUUGUGGGCCAAACAGCCGUAAGUGGCCAGGUUGCUCCAGGUCUGGAUGAUGAUAUGUCUCAUAUCUGGUUCGCAUUUAGUAUCUUAUCUAUCCGCACCGAGGGGUUUUUCAAGAUUCGAUUUUGUCUGACAGAUCUCAUGCGCAUCCCAGUAGGAGGAAAAUCAAAGACGAUAUGUCAAGUGUUUUCGAAUACAAUUCAUGUCCAAACUCCAAAGAAAUUCGAAGGGACAUGCGAUAACAAUCAGAUUGCCAUCCACUUGAACAAGAACUGCAUCCGAAUCCCCGCCAGGAAAGAUGAAAAAAAACUUAACAAAAAUAGGAAGGGUAGCCUGACAUAGCAACUACCAUAAAUGAAGC